AAGAAUGAAAGUGCCCAACCAACAAACCAGCGUGUUUGUAAUUUAAUUUAGUUUCAAAAAUCACGUGUUAAAAAUUUCUCUGAAAUGACUAAAAGCACUAAACAUAAGAAAGAAUUCCGUAAGGAAAAGAAUAAAAUUAAAUUGAAGCUCACGUUUAAAGCCGAAAAAAGUGGAAAAAGGAAAAAAGGACAGUUGCUACCCAAAGGCUUAAAUGUGACAGAUACUAGCUUUAAAAGUAAGAAAAUAGUUUUGCCUGACCAUUUACGACCCAGUGAAGAUAGCGGAGUACCAUUAAAUCACAGAAAACAAACGUUCAAGGAACUUUUAGCCCACAUGGGCCAUUUCAAUGCUGGUGUACAACAAGAUGGUAUCAAUGGGAUGAAGGAGCUUUUGGUUAAAUUUCCAGCUGUACUCGAUGUUUCAUUGUCAUCGCUCUUGAGCAAAGUGUCAGAAUUAAUGUCUGUGCGUGAUGCCCCAGUUCGAAAGUGUGCACUGAAAUUACUGGAGCACAUUAUUCAAUCUACUUCAGCUGAAAAUAUUGCUCCCUUUUUCCCUCUUCUUAAUGCCCGCCUAGUAUGCUGCAUGAAUCAUAUCUCACUAGAUAUUCAAAAGGACUCUCAUUUACUUCUGGACAUCCUCCUCAAUCAUGUUCCUGGUCUGGUUUCCACAGCCACCAUGCAGAUUCUUCCUAACUUUCUGGAACAGAUCUCGUCUCGAGAUAUUUCAAAAGGUGAUAGGCGCGUACUGACAAUUAAUCCUACUCAACGGCUGACGUCGUUAAAAUGGAGGCAAGAAGUGCUUACCCGUGUCAAUCAACUUCUUAUUUUACUUCUUGAGAAAAACCAAACAGAAUACCAGUCAAACACAGUAGAUAUUGUGUUUGAUCAUGGAAAAUCUUGCCCCCUGUACAUGAAAAGAAACUUUGACGUUAGACUAAAUAUUCAGAAACCAGGACAUUUGUCAGUUAAUGAUAGCAAUUCACCUAGCCUCCAUAUUCAGGGAUUCGCUUCUCAAAUUCUUCCUCUCUUAAUUGAAACGUGGGUUGAAGCCAUGGCUAGCGAGCAGCUAAAUAAAGAUCAAGCUAACUCACUGGUUGGAAUAGAGAGCAUUGCAUUACUUACGUGCAUCUCCAAUGUGAUGUUCACACUGUUGAGUAUCAUGAAGCAGUCAGAAAAUCAUUUGGAGUUGCUGAAUUGGUUCCAGCUUGAAUACGGGGAAUCGCUAAUUCGCAAUUUUAUUCGCCCAUUCCCAUUCUCAGCUCGGUUAGAAUCUAGCCGUAGCAAGAAGCAGGCAAUAGAUCCCCAGUGCCGUGAUCAGAACCUCAUAAUUUGUUUUCUAUGGGCUCAGUUGGAAACGAAAAGCGCUGCCAAGUGUGCUGAACUGGUUUUUCAAUACCUCAGCGGCUUACUUCAAGCCCAGGAUGUUCAAUUUGGUUCUGCGGCUAUUGAACUCGAUAAGUUGAAGGAAAUAUUUUUUGACAAAAAAAUCAAACCGGAAAAAAGGAAGCUUCAAAUCAGCAACAUAUUAGAUGCAAUGAGGAAGAAGUUACCAAAAGUAAGAUGAAGCAACUCUGAAGACUUUUUGGCAGCGCAAACAUGCAGCAAUUAUCACUAUGUAUGAACCUGCGCGUUUGGCACGUUGUUGCCAAGUAAUGCACCCCUUCUGCUAAUAAAGAUAAAUGGUUCCAGA